AACAUGGGAACUUUAUCGUCUCUGUUCCCUCUCUCACUUUCUGCUGCACCGAAGUCACCCCUUCACUUUGCCACGAAAACCCAUUUUUAUAACCCCAUUUUCUUUCCUCCUUCCUCUUCAAAGCUUGGAUCCAAAACGGUGGCUUUUGCAGGGAAUCCAACGGACCCCAAACAGAAUGAGUAUCUAUUCUUGGACGAAAAUGGUGUCGUCGAAGACAUGGAUGGUUAUCUCAACAAUCUCUCUCUCGAGUACGACUCCGUUUGGGACACAAAGCCUUCCUGGUGUCAACCUUGGACAAUUACGCUUACUGGAUUGUUGGUGAUUGCCUCUAGCUGGCUAAUUUUGCACUCAAUUGUGAUCACAACUAUUGCAACUCUGGGGAUAUGCACAUGGUGGUACAUCUUUCUUUAUUCUUAUCCUAAGGCUUAUGUGGACAUGAUAGCAGAGCGACGAGAGAGGGUGAUGAAUGGUGUAGAAGAUACAUUUGGUAUGAGGAAGAAUCAAUGAUUCUCUUACUCUCUGGUUGUAUGUAAAUUUUGUAGUCAUUGCUUUAUGUAGUGAAUCAUAUCAGCAAAAACUAAGCAGAUUUCACCUUUUAAGGAAGUAAACAAAGUAUGCUUUCCUUUUCCCCUAUGCGUAAUCAUACCAAGAUUGUUUGUGCCUACAAACCAAAACACUUAACUACAUAAACCAGGCCUACCGUUACACCCCAGAGCCUAAUAUCAAAUAUCCAACACCAAAGUUCAGUUCAAUUUCUUUGCAAAUAUCUACGACAUGUUGCAUCUCUUCCAUUU